AACGGGCAACCCCUCUUUCUCUACCACGACUAGAAGCUUUCCCCGCCGCCGCCGCCGCUUCGAUUGCAGAUAGCUGAGAGAGAGAGGCAUGGAGGUUGGAGGAGCGGAGGCGGAGGAGGGGGUGACGAGGGUGCUGGUGGUCGACGACUCCCCCGUCGACCGCCGGGUGGCGCAGCUCCUGCUCAGCAGCAGCUCCUGCGCCGGCGCCUUCCACGUGAUCGCCGUCGACAGCGCGAGGAAGGCCAUGGACUUCCUCGGCCUCAAGGGCGGCAAGGGGCAGGCCGUGGACAUGGUGCUCACCGACUACUCCAUGCCGGAGAUGACCGGCUACGACCUCCUCAAGGCCAUCAAGGCGCUGACCCCCCUGAAGCCGAUACCGGUUGUCGUUAUGUCGUCAGAGAACGAGCCCCAGCGGAUCAGCAGAUGCUUGAACGCUGGCGCCGAGGACUUCAUCGUGAAGCCCCUGCAGAGCAAGGACGUGCAGCGCCUCCGGAGCUGCUUCACCGCCAGGCCCAAGGGCUCAGCGCCGUGCGAGGCCGUAGCCAAGAGGACGCCGAUGCCGCCGCCGCCGCCCUCCGACCACCACGCCGCCGCCGCGUCGGCGUCGGGGCGGCGGGGACCUUUCGCCGGAGUCGCGAUGGUCCUGCACUCGUCAAGCGUGGAGCUCUCGCAGUACUUGCCGCUGCUCGUCAAGCUCGUCCUGCUGGUGUACGCCGUGCUGUGCCUGGGCGAGAUCCUGCGCAGAUGGUCGUCCGGCGGCGGCCGCUCGCUCUUCCUGUGAUGCGCCUGCCUUGCUUGGUGCCUGCCUGCAGCGACGGCGCUGCGAAGUUUUGCUGAAAAGGCAACGGCUUCAUGACAUUGACAGAGACGGUGAAAACCAGUCAGAGCUGGCUUCGUGCUGCAGAGAUCUGGUCCCUUUGGUUUCUCCAGGCCCAGCUCCAUCCAAGAACGACACUUGGUUGUGCAGAACAUCCCAGAGAGACCUCCCAUUGUUUGCAUUGGAAUCCUGACGAGGCAACGGUUUACAGAGAUCUCCACAGGUCACAUUGAGGAAGGCGUUCAGCAUCAUGUUUUGUUUGCUGGUGCCUUGUAGUUGUAGGCCUGUACUAGCUAGCUGUGUGAAAAGGAAGCUGGAUUGUGCAGUAUUUGCUUGGGCUCUUCUGCCUCUCUGUUUUCCUUUCCAUUCCUUCUAGACUACUCCAAAAUCUUGAAAUCAUUGAAUAAUGUUGUAUUUGCUGUAAAGAUCCGAUUCCCCAACCAUCAAUUGAGUGGAUUUUUGUAGCGCAUGCUAUUGCGGAACUUCAACAAAAAUCCUGCAGUGCAGUGCACUCU